AUGGUGAAGACGAGAAAGAAUAACGUUGAAGAACACCAGUCCGAGGACGAGCAUCAGUCAGGAGCCGAGACGACGGAAGAGACAAACUUGAACAGUAUGAUGCGACAGAUGAAAGAGGAGAUGGCCGCUAUGAAGCAACAGCGGGAGAGAGAUGCGGCCGAAAUGGCUGCGCUACGGGCGGAAAAUGCCACCCUCAAAAACCAAUACCACGAUCCUACAUGGAAGCCCUCCGAGACAACCCACACUCAAGGGUCGUUCCAUUCGCAUGGCCAGCACACCUCGGUCCCUUAUACUUCUGUUGCCCCUGCCGCCCACGCCUCGGCCAGUCGACCGAUACAGCCCAUGCCGGCAGGAUCACACCGACAUCCCUUUACACCCAAUAUCAUGCAGUCCGUCCUCCUUGACAAUUGGAAGUCCUUGUCUCUCGACAAGUACGACGGAACCACCGAUCCAGAUGAACAUGUUGACGUGUUCUUGACUCAGGUCACAUUAAGCACCACCGAUGACGCCGCCCUGUGCCGAAUUUUCCCGACGUCGCUAAAAGGACGAGCGUUGAGCUGGUUCACUCGGCUCCCGGCCAAUUCGAUCGACUCAUUCGGCACCUUAGCCUCUCAGUUUACCAUCCAGUUCGCUACAAGCCGACCACACCAGUUAACUUCUCUAUCACUAGUCACCAUCCGCCAGGAGAAAAAGGAGUCUCUCCGGGCGUUCAUGAGCCGAUUCAACAAGGCGGCAUUAGAGAUCAGGGACCUCAACCCAGCCGUCGCCUUACACCAUCUAACCACCGCGUUGAAGCCGGGUCCCUUUGCCAACAGUAUUUGUAAAAAGCCACCGGCAAACAUGGAUGACCUUCGGCGCAGGGCCGAUAAGUAUAUGCAGAUGGAAGAACUAGCCGAGUUUCGCAACCAGGCCAGAGCAGAAGUGGUGAGCAAGACAGAAAAGCCAAUAGAAAACAAUUUUCGCGGUCGUCCAAAAGAACUCGUACCCCGCGAGCGGCCACCCCGUGGUCCGAAGUAUACACAGUACACACCACUGAACACCAGCCGGUCAGCAGUACUAGAACAAGCAUUGGCUUCAGAAGUGCUGACUAUCCCGAAGAGAGCAUCGACCCCUCCCCGAGCCGACACAACCAAAUCCUGCAGAUUUCACCGCAAUCGUGGGCAUUCAACUGACGAAUGUUCAGCCUUGAAAGACAAAAUUGAAGAUUUGAUCAAGCAAGGACAGUUGCAAGGUUUUGUGAACCGUCCCGACCGGCCCCGACACGGCGAACAAUCACAGAGACGUGACCAUUCCGAACACCGCAGAGCAGAAACGCGCUCGUAUAGAGAGCGCAGUCGGUCACGGGAUAGGCAUGAAGAACAGCAAGCAACACAGCCACGGCGAGUUAUUAACACCAUUGCUGGCGGAUUUGCUGGCGGGGGCUCAUCUUCGUCGGCACAACGAAGACACCUGCGAGCUGUCCGACACGUGCAUGCCGUGGAAACAAACCGUUGCCGUUUGCCAACCAUUACCUUCACCGAGGCCGACUUCAAGGGAAUCGACCCAGAUCAGGACGAUCCGAUGGUGAUCAGCGUUGAAAUUCACAAUUGCAUCGUCCGUAAGACAUUGGUUGAUCAAGGAAGUUCAGCGGACAUACUAUAUUGGAAUACGUUCAAGCAGUUGGGAAUUCCAGAGUCCGAACUGGUCCCUUACGAUGAACCUUUGGUGGGAUUCUCUGGUGAACGAGUCAAAACAAAAGGAUAUAUCAAGUUAUCAACACGAUUUGGGUUCGAAGGGGCGGAAUACCGAGACAUCUCGGUUAAAUACGUGGUCGUUCAUGCGAGCACCUCCUAUAACAUUCUGCUCGGUCGGCCAUCCCUGAAUCGGCUCGGAGCAAUUGUGUCUACUCCUCAUUUAGCUAUGAAGUUUCCGGCACAGUCAGGACGGGUUAUCACGGUACACGCCGAUCAAAAAACCGCACGCGAAUGCUACUUUGCCAGCUUGCGGCUACCGAAAGUGCAAGACGAAACGAUCAAAGAGCCACAGAAAGUCCACUCGGUAACCCAACAGUCCUCCAUAGACCUCGACCCCCGAAUCGGGCACGACGAAAGGGUCGAGCCUAUUGAAGAAAGGCAACCACUCCAAGUUGGAACCCUUGAUACCCAACUGACUUAUUUGGGAACUGUUCUGACGGAACAAGAGAAAGCAGCCAUCGGACAGGUAAUACUUGAUAACCGAGAUCUAUUUGCAUGGCACCCCUCCGAUAUGCCGGGUAUCGAUCCAGAGUUUUUGUGCCAUAAGCUCUCAAUUAGUAGGGAGGCAAGGCCGAUCGCCCAGCGGCGUCGGAAGACCGGAGAGGAGAAGAAGGCGGCAAUCGAUGCUGAGGUAGCCAAAUUAUUAGAAGCACAGUUUAUACGGGAGAUCCACUACACGACGUGGUUGGCUAAUGUGGUCAUGGUCCGAAAGCCGAACGGGAAAUGGCGUAUGUGUACCGAUUACACGAACUUGAAUAAAGCUUGCCCGAAAGACGCCUACCCGUUGCCCAAUAUUGAUCGUCUCGUAGAUGGGGCGUCUGGCCACCGUUUCCUAUCCUUCUUAGACGCGUAUUCGGGGUAUAACCAAAUUCGCAUGCACCCUCACGAUGAAGACAAAACAGCAUUCAUCACCGAGACAGCCAACUAUUGCUACCGUGUAAUGCCGUUCGGUCUGAAGAACGCCGGUGCCACAUACCAGCGCCUGAUGAAUAAAAUUUUCCAUAGUCAGAUUGGUCAGUGCCUCGAAGUUUAUGUUGAUGACAUGGUCGUCAAAUCUGAUGAAGUUUCUGCCCAUGUACGCCACCUGGCCGAGGUAUUCCAAGCACUCAGACAACACCAAAUGAGGCUGAACCCCGAAAAAUGUGUGUUCGGCGUAUCGGGUGGAAAAUUUUUGGGAUUCAUGUUGUCCAGCCGGGGCAUCGAGGCAAACCCAGACAAGUGCCAAGCCAUACUGGAGAUGAAGAGUCCCACCACUCUCAAAGAUGUACAAAAGUUGGCAGGGCGGCUGACUUCGCUUUCACGGUUUCUUCCCCGGCUUGCCGAGAUAUCUCAACCUAUCCUCGCCCUGCUGAAGAAAGCAAAGCAGUUUACAUGGACUCAUGAAUGUGAAGAAGCGUUCCAACAGUUUAAGCAUCGUCUUAGUUCACCUCCCAUACUGUCCAAACCUACUGCCGGCUCCGACAUGGUCAUUUACCUUGCCGUGUCAGGGCAUUCGGUCAGCGCUGUCUUAAUACAGGAACAGAGGGAUCAAAGGCCGAUAUACUUCACCAGUCGAACACUGCAAGAAGCCGAGAAGCGUUACCAGUUAAUCGAAAAGGUAGCUCUAGCGCUCGUCUACACGGCUCGCAGGCUCAGGCAAUACUUCCAGAGUCAUAGGGUGGUUGUCCGAACCGACUGCCCGAUUGCGAAAGUUCUUCGUAAACCGGAAAUCGCUGGCAGGAUGAUGGCCUGGUCGGUCGAACUCUCAGAGUUUGACAUAUCGUUCGAGCCGAGAGGACCCAUCAAAUCACAGCAUUUGGCCGACUUCGUCAAUGAGCUUACCCCAGCAGGUAGUUUUCACGACGAGCCGUGGACAAUGCAUGUCGACGGCUCAUCCAGUGCGCAGGGAAGCGGAGCGGGAAUAAUUCUAGCCAGCCCUUCGGGCAUCACGGUCGAACAGUCACUCCGGUUCGGUUUUCGGGCAUCUAAUAACCAAGCCGAGUACGAAGCACUGCUGGCCGGUAUGAGACUAGCAGCUGAGAUGGGUGUGACAAAGGUCGUAUGCUGUACCGAUUCAAAGAUCGUGGCCGAACAGGUCAACGACAAUUUUCAAAUUAAGGAUGCUAAUUUGUUGCAGUAUUACCACCUCUUCCAGAAGCUCAAAGAGGAGUUCACUGACGUACAAAUCCGACACGUUCCCAGGAGCACCAACGAACGAGCCGAUCAGUUGGCUCGGCUUGCUAGUAGUCGAAAACCAGGACAGCUGAGAACAACCAUUCACCUAGAAAUCCCUGCCCCAAGUGUGGCGAUCGAGUGCAUGGCGGCCGAUAUUGACACACCGAACUGGAUGACUCCUAUUCGGAACUACAUCCUCCAACAAGAGUUGCCCACCGAUCCGAAGGAGGCAAAAAAGCUUCGCACUCAGGCCGCUCGGUACUCCAUAGUGGCUAACGACCUCUACAGGCGAGGAUUCUCCACUCCGUUGCUCAAGUGCAUUGAUAACUCGCAGGCGGAUUAUGUGAUGCGGGAAGUUCAUGAAGGUAUCUGUGGGUCCCAUUCCGGAGGCCGUACCCUAGCUGCAAAAGUGUCACGAGCUGGUUAUUAUUGGCCAACUCUGAAAGGGGAUUGCGCUGAGUUCGUCAAACGUUGCAUACAAUGUCAGCGACAUGGAAACCUCAUCCAUGCCUCCGCCGCCGAGCUGCACAGCAUCAGCUCUCCAUGGCCGUUUGCCUUAUGGGGCAUUGACGUACUUGGCCCGUUCCCCGUGGCAAAGGGACAGGUUAAGUUCCUCCUCGUGGCAGUAGAUUACUUCACAAAGUGGAUUGAGGCCGAGCCGCUCGCCUGCAUCUCCGCUGCUAACGUCCAAAAGUUUGUAUGGAAGAACAUCAUCACCCGUUUUGGCAUCCCAUAUGCCAUCAUCUCCGAUAACGGCUUACAAUUUACAGACAAAAAGUUCAACUCAUUCCUCGAAAACCUUGGCAUUCGGCACAGAUUUACAUCGGUGGAGCACCCUCAGUCAAACGGCCAAGCCGAAGCAGCCAACAAGGUUAUCCUGACUGAAUUAAAAAGAAGACUCGGCUCGGCAAAAGGAGUGUGGGCCGAUGAAUUGCCAGAGGUUCUCUGGGCGUACCGGUGUACACCACAAUCCACUAAUAGAGAAACACCCUUCCGCCUCACAUACGGCACUGAUGCGAUGAUCCCGGUUGAGGUUGGAGAACCAUCUUUCCGGCGACAAAGCUUUCAGGAGGAAUCUAACGACGACGCACUCCGAGCCGAACUCGAUGUCCUCGAGGAAGUGCGGGACAAGGCACAGGUGGUGGCCGAGGCAUGCAAACAGCGAAUGACUCGGCGCUUUAAUUCCAAUCUAAAGCCAAGAACUUUUCACGAGGGCGACCUUGUGUGGCGUGCAACGGGGGCAGCCAGGCGUAACUCUUCUGAAGGAAAGCUCUCUGCCAAUUGGGAUGGACCAUUCCGGAUACGACAUGCACUCCACAAUGGGGCCUACAAGCUAGAAGAGCUGUCCGGCAAGGUUAUUCCAAGAACCUGGAAUUCUACCCACCUAAAGACAUACUACAGUUAA